GGGAGGGGAGGACCACAUGCAGGGAGAUGAGCACAGGGACGUAGCUCAGCCAGAAAAGGGGAGGGGAGAAGACGCACGGGCACGCAGAGGGUAGUCAGCACAUCUGUUAUGAAUUCACUCAAGAUAAACAGAAGAGGACAUAAUGAAGUUGUGAGGGGCAAAAUUUGUAUGUGUGAAUAAUCUUAAGGAUUUUUUUCCCCUAAAGCAUCCGUGGUCCAUCGGUACACGGGGAUCUUAACCUUCUCCAUCAGCACCAGCCAUUUCCCUUCCUCCGUUUCGUCUGUAGACCUUUUUCGGCAUCCGUGAGAAGUCUGGGGAGCGUUUAUGGAGUAACAAGGGAGAGGUUCCAUGUUCCAGGGAUACUGUGGGCUUGUGCCGCCUCUUAAUGCAAUUGAGCCGCGACCAGUCAGCGAUGGCUAUGGGUCUGUCAUCGAAAAAGGCAUCCUCUCGGAGCGUCGCCGUGGAGCGUAAAAAUCUCAUCACAGUGUGCAGGUUCUCUGUGAAGACGCUCCUGGAGAAGUACACUGUCGAGCCCAUCGACGACUCAUGUGAGGAGUUUGUCAAUUUCGCCGCCAUCUUGGAGCACAUCCUCAGUCACCGCUUCAAAGGUCCGGGAACCUGGUUUAGCUAUGAUGGGCAGCAUAGUUUCUGGGACUAUAUCCGCCUUGCCUGCAGCAAGGUGCAAAACAACUGCAUCGCCAGCAUUGAGAACAUCGAGAACAUCAGCACCUCACGGGCUAAGGGCCGCGCAUGGAUACGAGUAGCUCUGAUGGAGAAGCGCCUGUCAGAAUAUGUAGCCACAGCCCUGAGGGACACGCGAACAACCAGGAGAUUCUACGACGAUGGCGCCAUCAUGCUGCGGGAGGAGGCCACGGUGCUCACUGGCAUGCUGAUCGGGCUCAGUGCCAUAGACUUCAGCUUCUGUCUGAAGGGGGAAGCGCUGGAUGGGAAGUCUGUGGCAGUGAUUGACUAUACACCCUACCUUAAGUUCACACAAAGCUAUGACUACAUGAGUGAUGAUGACGAUCGGCGCAGUGUGGACAGCAGCACCAGCGACGACAGCGUGCCGGAGCACCCCUACAUCCCACUGGUCACGGAUGAGGAGAGCUGGAGCAACAAGUGCCGCAAGAUGGAGCAGAAGUUCAAGAUUGUUUAUGCCCAAAAGGGUUACCUGGAGGAGCUGGUGCGCCUGCGGGAGUCCCAGCUGAAGAACCUGGAGACAGAGAACAAGCGCCUGGGCCUGAGGCUGGAGGAGCUGCGGCAGCAAAGCCAGCAGGAGAAGAAGGAGCUGGAGAGCAUCGUGCUGGAGCUGCAGGCACAGCUUGCAACCCUGAUAACCUGUGACACCAACCCCCUCGCUAAGGAGCUGUCCAUCCCCUUGGUCAACCAGUGGUCCUCACUCCGGACCUUCAACAACCAAGAGGACGUCAAGGUUUUCCGCAGAAGGAGCUUUCACAGCUUGAAGCAGCUUUCCAGUGAAGUCAAUCUACAGUCUGACUCACAGAAGACAGAGGGAAGACAGAAUGGAGAUGCCUGGUGCUCGACCGGUAAAGACUACACUCCCUCCAUGCUCAGUCUCUGUGGGUCUUUGGCCUCUCUGCCCAGCUGCAAGUCCCUGGCCAGCCUUAAGUCCAGCGAGUAUCUGGUCAACAUCAGCACGGAAGCUAGUCCUGCCCUCUCUCCCAGCUAGGGGGCGCCACUUCCACCCCUGCACAGCACCCUCAGUGUGGGAUGGUGUGUGGCACUUGCUCUUGCUUAUACCUGCCAUUUUUGUCCCUCUCUUUCCCAUCAGCCCUAAACACUUUGUCUCAGAGAACUACGCCCUUCUUUCUGCACUGAAGAUUACAUGCAGACGCUAUGAAGCAAACAAAAAAAUAAUUCUACAGACCUUUUUUGUUGGCCAUUUUUCAUGUUUGUGGAAAAAAUUAAAAUGACAGCAAGUGGACAACUGUCCCCUCUCUCUCUAUAAUUUGCUUCCUUUCCCCUCUGUGGUCCUAAUUUUAAAUCUUGUUGAAACUCCAGAAAAUGCACAUGUUUGAAUGUUGGCAUGUGCAGAAUGACAGUGAUAUACAAAAUGAUGCCACUCCAGGACGGCCUAGUUACAAAGUGUAACUGUUCUUUCCUCUGUUCCAUGUGUUUUAAUCUGCAGCUGUUAUAUCUAUGUACUGUAUUAAUCUGUCGAUCUGUCUCUCUGUCACUGUUGUCUCAUUGUUUCCGUUCGUGGUUAGCCUUUGUAUUUAGACAGAAGGCGAGACCAGAACUGGAUUGACAUCUGCUAUGAUUUCUCAGUGGCUGUUAUUUUUUUUUGGCCUGAUGUUUCCCCGCUAGUGCUGGUGUCCAUAAAGGGGGAGGGCUAACAAAGUGGGUGUGACAGUUUGUGGGUUUGAUUGCAUGACUGCAUAGUUCUGAGCCUGAUCUCCAGUGUCAAAUCAGAGGCUCAUUUUUAAAAGCUGAAACUCUUGUUAUGAAUAAAGUGUAUUAAUGUGGAUGUGGAAGUGUGUGUGUGUGUGUGUGUGUGUGUCAGAGUGUGUGUGCAGCUAUAGAUGUAGUCCCACAACUUUUUGUUGUCACUAUUGUGUUGUCAAUUUGUUCAUUCAUAUAUUUGUUUUAUACAACUAAUGUGUAUCUUUUUUAUUUAUACAUAGAUAUAUCUUUUUGUCAACUGAAUUCAGAAUCUAUAUGAUCACUUUUUAGAGAACUUAUGCUGUUUGUCAUUUCAA